AUGUUCGUGGGAUUGUGUGUUUGGAAAUCCCGAUGCCAAUUUUUUUCGUCUUCAACUUUGCAUCUCUCGGUUCUCCCUGAAGGUCCUGUCUCGCUGCACCGUCGCCGCUGUUUGCUAAAGAGGGUGACCUCCACCGUCGGCCGAUCUCUCCUCUCUCGUCCGACACUCGUUUCGGUUUUCGCCGUUGGCCACCGCUCUUAUCACCCAAGCUUGGAACUGAAAUCUCCUCCGAGAUGAUGCCGACCUGAUGGGCAGCUGCAUCGGCAAGGAGGAAAAGGCGCGAGGUGAGCCGGCGCCAGUCGUGUCCCGAGUGACGUCCACUUCGGCGACAGCGACAGCCUCGUCGUCGACGCCACCACCGCCGCCACCGGCUCUAGCCUCGGAUCGGCCUUCCACCAGCAACACCUUUGUCGCUCUGUUUCAGUAUGACGCGAGGACCGACGACGAUCUCAGUUUCAAGAAAGAUGACGUAGGGUUUUUUUUGUUUUUGUGUUUUUAAGCUCAGUAAAAGCCAAAAUCAAAAGUGUUGAAAAUUAAUGGAAGAUUUUGUGGGUGUACCCGGAACAAACUGUGUUUCUUUUUUGCGCGUCAUUCUAGUUCAUAAUCUGCAUCAUGUGAAUCAUGUGUCUGACGUACAAUGCGUCAUAUCUCCCGCCGUUUUGUUCAGAAAAAAAAUUAUCCAACUUCCAGAUUCUUGAAAUUCUGAAUGAUACGCAAGGAGAUUGGUGGUUCGCUCGCCAUCGAGCCACCGGCAGAACCGGCUACAUCCCCAGCAACUAUGUCGCUCGGGAAAAAAGCGUCGAAUCCCAACCGUCAGUCUUAUCUUCACAACUAAGUUCUAUAAUCUUUAGAUGGUACUUCGGUAAGAUGAGAAGGAUAGACGCCGAGAAAAUGCUCCUGAUGUCGUGCAACGAGCAUGGCGCCUUUCUUGUCAGAGAUUCUGAGAGUCGGCAACACGACUUGUCCCUGUCAGGUGCCACUUUUUUUGUGUUAUCUCUUUUUUUCGAUAGACUAGCUAGAUCUAUUUUUUUGAAGUUUUCUUUUUUUAUAAUUUAUUGAUAUUUUUAAUUUAAUAUCACUUGAUCGAGCUCUUUUUCAAAAAAACUCCAUCAAAGUGUUUUUGUAUUUUGAAGAUCCUGUGGUGGUAUUUUCCAUUUUCUUAACGAGUCUGAAUAGUCAAAUAAAAUCAAUUAAUGAUAUAUUGAUGCGAAAAAGUGGGGCCUCCGAAAAAGGCGUCGGCGAUUUCCAGUUGUUCUCAAAACACGACGCUUCCCAUCCCAUCAAUCUCAGCCACGGCCUUUCCCUCGUUCCUUUUCUCAUCUAAUUAACUAUUGCAUUUUUUGGGAAAGGUAUUCCGAAGCAAAAGAUAAGGCGUUCCAACAAUCGAUAACCGUUAUAAAAUUAUUUACGAGGAUCGAAAAAAAUUUCAGAAAGCAAUGAAAACUUGAGCAAAAUCUUUUUUAUUGAACUUUCCUUUGCUCGAUAAAAACCUUUCCGGUGUUUUUUUUCUUUUUUCAUGUGUUAAAAUUAACACCAAGGCAAAAUUUUCAAGCGAAAUGUUAUUAUUAUAAUUUGAACUGUUGAUCAAAUUUUGAAAAAUGCAAUCAUAUGAUUUUACAAGAGUUAAUUUUUGUAAGAAAGAUAGCGGGUUAAUUUAAAAGACGUUUCCGAUUCCCGAUGAGUUUCCAGUUAGUUUCGAUUAUCAAAACGGUCGUUUCCACUUAAGAAAACCCAAUUUUCCACAUUCUCUACCUGGAUGACCUUUCAAGUGUCGCUUUCGUCCGAUUCUCAAGGACUUGUUAGUUAAAAAUUUGCGAAGUCUUUUGAGUUUGAGCCGGUUUUCUUUAGGAUACCAUUCGCAUCUCUCGGACUGUGAAUUUAUUGAUGAGGUACUGGGAUAUUUCUAGUUUAGCCAAUUAAGUCGCGAUUUGCUGUGGCGGCUGUGGAGGUGUUAAGAAGGGAUUCCGUUUCUCCAGAAAGCGACUUAAACUUUGGGUCGGCGACUCUUAAAACACAAACUUUUCCAAAAAUCUGAUUUCAUAUGCGUUGCGCUGAAGAGACAUGAAGAGUCCUUGAGAGAAGAUAUAAGCAAUGAAAAGCCACAGAAAAAACAAAGAAGUUCUUUCAGUUCGAGAAGAUGAGGCGGUUAAACACUACCGUAUCCGACAACUCGACCAAGGUGGCUUCUUCAUCGCCAGACGGCGCCCGUUCGCCACCCUCCACGAACUCAUCGUUCAUUAUCAGCAGCAAGCUGACGGCCUCUGUGUUAGCCUCGGAAAGCCUUGUGUCAAGGGCGACGCUCCUCAAACUACCACCUUCACCUACGGUCAGUCAGCCUCCAUAUUCACAUGAGAUUGGCGUCUCUGGUCGACUGCUGAAGAUAAAGCACAGUCGCUGUAGAAUUUGUUCUAAUAACACCGAAAUCGAUGUUCAAAAUCGCUUUCCCUGGCCUUUGUAAAAUCUCACUUUUUGUUCAAAUUUCAAUUUCGAAUAUGGAGAGAGUUGAAAACAUUGAAAUUUUUCGAUCUUUGCAGAUGACCAGUGGGAAGUGGACCGUAGAUCGGUUCGGUUAAUCAGACAAAUUGGUGCCGGUCAAUUUGGAGAGGUUCGUUUUUUUUUCCAUAGUUAAUCAAUUUAUGUCUUUCCGACCGGUGCAGUUUAUCCCAAAUCCAAAUAAGGUAUUUGGGAACAGUUCUUAUUUGCUCACCAGCUCAUAUUCAUCCAUCAUUAGACUGCCGUUCGGAGAGAAUAGACGUUACUUUUGAGCGAGUGCAUCUGAAUAACUUUUAAUGAAGAACGCAAUGAAAAUGUCAAAAGGAGGGUUUAAUGAGUAGAUUACUUAUUCAGACUCAAUGGGAUUAUAAUGGCGUAGUUAUCUUUAUGGACCAGGGAACGGUUUUUUACCUCCCGGUUGAAAUUUUGAUGAAACUUCGGUGAAAUUUACCCCUGAUUCGAGAACAAACAAAAAUUUCGCAAUAGAUCUUGUUUGCGAGUUAGGACAAUUCAAAAACUCAAAAUAGCGCUUUUUGCGGACUUUGAAGCUCCAUAACUCUGAAACAAGAUCUAUUGCGAGAAAUGUUUUUCAUGUUCUAGAAUCAGGGGGUCCUAAAGUUCACUUCAGCAAAGUUUCAGCAAAAAUUCGACCGGGGGUAAAAAAGAUUCCCUGGUGAGGAUUGAAAAAAAUUUUAUGUCUUGUGAAAUUUCCUGAACGAAAGAGGGUGUGAGAAAAGCUUAUAUAUGCCUUCACAGUUUUGUUCAAUUUGAAAAAAUCUUAAAUAUAUUCCUUAUUUGAUAACCUGAACGUUCGCCUCAAAUAAACGAUAACCAGUCUCUUUCAAUACCUCCAUUCAUAACCAGUUUCUCAAAGAUUACUCGGCUAAUUGACACGUUGAAAUGGAUGUUUUUGGCCUAGGCCGGCUGAUUAGUGUGUGUGUGUGUGUGUGCAGAUGGGUGGUCCGGUCAGCGAAAGAUUGUUUGUUUGACGAAGACUCGAAAUUUAAAUAGAAGCCUCGAGAUUGUUUGCCGCCGAGGCUAGUGAGCCAAAAUAAAUGAGCCGCCGUUCACUUGUUUCAAACGUUGACGUUUUUCGACGACGACUGAUUUUUUUUCGCACGAGCCGGAGCCCGUCACAUCGAAAUUUUGAACGGCCUGCGAAGCUGAGAAAAAUCACAAAAAUAUGUCCAAAAAUGGAUUUGAACCGAAAUUUGGUCAAACCACAUCCUAAUUUGGUAGAUGGUAGUGGUAUCGGGGAAGAUAAGGUCGCGUUCAAAGUCGUUUUCAUUUUUUUCAUUCAUUUCAAAUAUUUAUUCGCCCACUCAGGAACUUCAGAGUGGUCCCUAUUGGGGCAACCUUUUGGGCCCUUGGAGGGUCCUCUCUAGGGACCACCUUGCCAACCCUUAUAGGGACCGGAAAAUGCAAAAGUGGUCCCUAUAGUGGUUAUAGUUAGUAGCCCCUAUAUGCUAUUCGAUGAUUGUUAUGAACUCUAAACGAAGAAGCAUUUCCAUGGGAAAAACUGAAUAAAUAAGCGUUUUUUGAAUGAAAUUGAAAGAUCCCUAUAGGGACCACUUGAGCUUUAUGGGCUAAGGGGUCAGACCUUAAACCUCUAUUGGAACCACCUUAAUUUUACCCCUAUCGGGCGUUUUUUGAUUUAUAGAGGUUUUUCCCCCUCUAUUCCUUAUAGGGACCACUCAAAAACUCCUAAUCAUGGCUCGAGGUAAAGAUUUUCUGAGUAGACGGUGCCAACUCCCCAUUUUUUUAAUUCAAGUUGGGGCUUUUUUUAUAAGUUUUCAUUGUAAUAGUCAUCAUAGAUUAGCCACAGAUUAACAAAUUUUAUGCAGUGAGUUUGAAAAAUUAUUUUGAAGUAUAUGGUUCAAUAGCUGAAAUUUUUGCUGGUUUUCCAAUAUUAUGACAGUGAAAAUUUCGAAAAUGGAAAAACACACGGCAAAGUUGAGGAGUCCAUGUUUUGUAUUAAAUAUUUUUUUCAUUUGGAAAGUCUCACUUUUUCUAGACAUUUCAUGUAUCCUCCACGAACUUCUCACAAAUAGUACAAAUGUUAUUAUCUUGUUUUUGCGAUGAUAUUUCGAGUUUGCCCAAUGUUUUUGAUGACAUUUUUUCUGUUUGUUCUACUAGUUAUUGUUCCAUUUCAUUGUGAAGUUAUAAUCAACUUUGCAGGUCUGGGAAGGACGAUGGAACAGCAAUGUUCCGGUCGCAGUGAAGAAACUCAAGCCGGGGACUGCCGACCCAACAGAUUUCCUAGCUGAAGCGCAGAUAAUGAAGAAAUUAAGGUAAUAUCUCUUUUCACUCCAAAAAAAUUUUGUUCCAUUUUCAGACACCCGAAAUUACUCUCGUUGUACGCGGUCUGCACGAAGGACGAGCCGAUUCUGAUCAUCACCGAGUUGAUGCAGGAGAACCUUCUGCACUUCUUGCAGCGCCGCGGACGUCAAUGUCCUCUGCCGCAACUCGUCGAAAUCGCCGCCCAGGUGAAACUCCUUCUUCGAUCUCAACGUCAUCACGUUUCAGGUAGCGGCAGGUAUGGCCUACCUCGAGGAGAUGAACUUCAUCCACCGCGACUUGGCAGCAAGGAACAUCCUGGUUAACAACAGUCUGUCGGUCAAGAUCGCCGAUUUUGGGCUCGCUCGUGUUCUCAUCAAGGAGAACGAGUAUGAAGCUCGCACUGGCGCUCGGUUCCCUAUAAAGGCAUGUUUUUUCGAUUUGAAAAAGGUUCUACUGUUGCUCAUUCUUUGAAGUUCGGUGUUUAACGUUUUACAGUUACUAAUAACAUUUCAUACCAUUUUUCAGUGGACAGCCCCAGAAGCAGCCAACUUUAACCGGUUUACAACAAAGUCAGACGUUUGGAGCUUCGGCGUUCUCCUCACUGAAAUCGUCACAUUUGGCCGUCUACCCUACCCUGGUUUGUCUAUAUUUCACAUUUCCAAACUCAAAGCAAUGCUUGAAGGCAUGACGAACGCGGAGGUACUGCAACAGGUCGACGCCGGCUACCGUAUGCCGUGCCCGGCCAACUGUCCCCCGGCUCUCUAUGACAUCAUGCAGCAGUGCUGGCGCGCCGACCCCGAGAAGCGGCCGACUUUCGAGACACUGCAGUGGAAACUCGAGGAUCUCUUCAACCUGGACUCUUCCGAGUACAAGGAAGCUUCCAUCAACUAUUGA